AUGCGAACACAAAUGUUAUCAAUACGAAAGCGCCUAGUUGGUCUUUUCCUCGCCAGAAAGUACACUUCUAAACCUGCAGUGCGAUGUGAACCCCACAUGAACGAACUGCCCGUCCCUUGCAUUCCGUGGGAGCCCUGGUACACUAAUAAGCAGAAAAUGUACACUAGGCAUCUUAUGUUUGGUAUAUUCUGGUGGCUGUUCUCCUUAGGUAUGGCUUUGUACACGGAUAGCAUCUAUCUAAACUGGGGACCGCCGAAGCAACCGGGGCCACCCAGCGAUAUGGUCGAGGAGUGCGAAGAACUCGACGACUAG